CUUUGGUUAUUACCUCUAGCUUUGAUUGAAAAUCCAGAUUUGCGAAUCUUUUAAGAGCGCCCUCUGCCUUGUGUCAGGCGUACUGUUUGCCGAGUGACUUUUUAACUGCUGUUUUAUAACUAUCUGCGAGUCUGAACACGUUCGAGAAUUCUAUCGCAUACAUAAUCCAGAUUUUGGAAAGUCCGACCACAUCGUCAUGGUGAUUUAUAUACAGAGGGACAGCGACACAUUAUUUGUUUGUGAGGUGUUACCAUAGGAUGACACUAUACACCGAGCGGCACAGCAAGGUGCUGCCUCACGACGCGUCUCCUCCUCUGUGUUUGAACGGGACAUGCAGAGAUGUUGAUUCAUUCAUAAUUGCAAAUAUGUUUUAUUACUGGAUUCGUAUGGAAAAGGGAUUUGUAAUACAUACCACGUGACAAAAAUGAAAAUGCAUUAUGUUUUAUAAUCAACUUCUCUUGUGCUUUUCAAGAUUGAGAGGUGAGGCUCUGCCUCCCCUGAAGGCACGUCACUGGAACUCUUACUUAACUCUUACUUAAGUCGAGAGCCCCUCCCUUAACUCAGGGGCAUCCUCUUAUAUAUCCUCUAUUUGACCUUAAACCUCACCGUGGCCAGCUCUGUUCACGUCUGUAACCUGCAGUCAUCACAGCAAGAAUGGGAAAAGUGCCUCUGGAGAAAAGCAAUCCCAAAGAAAAGAAAACCGAGUUCAGCUUAGUGCGGGUCAAAAACACCUGGCAUCGCAGACUGGGGAAGCAGGACAAUACAGACACAGUCGACAGUGUCUCUGAUGCAAAACUCUAUGAGAGCACCACAGAGAAGGGCACCACUUGGACAGUGGUCAGUCCCAUUGUCUUCACUUACAAGAUCAUAGAGACUCACAACUUGCUGGAUGCACGCAAUGACACACUCCUGCUGGGUCACAUGACUGACCAGCAGCAGGUGGAGGACAUUAGAGAGUUGAGCAAGCCACUCAAACGCUUUAUAGUCGUUGACCAGGAAGUCUACAAAAUCUACGGUUCUAAGCUGAUUGCGUACUUAGAGGCCAACAAUGUCAUAUACAAGAUUCUGGCUCUACCCACCACUGAGGAGAACAAAUCCAUUGAAAUGGCCUUGAAGAUCGUUGAAGAGGUCAAUAACUUCUCCCUUGACCGGCGCAGAGAGCCCAUCAUUGCCAUGGGUGGAGGCGUGUGCCUGGACAUCGUGGGCCUGGCUGCGUCACUCUACAGGAGACGUACUCCUUACAUCAGGGUCCCAACCACUCUGCUCUCUUACAUUGAUGUCAGCGUGGGAGCAAAAACGGGGGUUAACUUUGCAAACUGCAAGAACAAGCUGGGCGCCUACAUUCCACCUGCUGCUGCCUUCCUCGACCUGUCCUUCAUACGAACCAUUCCUCGGCGACACAUCUCCAACGGGCUGGCAGAAAUGUUAAAGAUGGCUUUGAUGAAGCACAAAUGCCUCUUUGAGGUUCUGGAGAAACACGGUCCUAUGCUGUUGGACACUAAAUUGCAGGCUGAUAACUCCAGCUGUGUCACGGCUACAUCGCCCGCAACUCAUGUAGCCAUCGUGACAAUGCUCGAGGAGCUCGCCCCAAACCUUUGGGAGGAUGAUCUAAAUCGACUUGUCGACUUCGGCCACCUUGUCAGUCCGGCGUUAGAGAUGACAGUUCUGCCAUCUCUGCUGCAUGGUGAGGCGGUGAACAUUGAUAUGUCUUACAUGGUUUACGUGUCUCAAGAGAGUGGCCUGUUGACAGAAGAGGAGAAACAAAGGAUCAUCAGCUGCAUGCUGGGUCUGGAACUCCCUGUGUGGCAUGAAUCGUGUACCAUGGAGCUGAUAGAGAAGUCUUUGCAAGACAGAGUGAAACACUCUGGCGGUCUGAUCAGAAUGCCACUACCUGUUGGUCUUGGGCAAGCAGAGAUUUUUAAUAACACACCUUAUGAGAUCCUGCGCAGAGCUUAUGAAAAAUGGCACUAUGAGCUGAGCUCAAGUGUGAAGACUGAUCUGCCCACACCACCCAACGCGGCAUCACUUCCUUCAUUUGGGAAAUAAAGCUAGUUAGAAGUGAUUUUCUAACUAAGUUUGAUUAUCAUUUGCUGUAUGUAUAACAAAAGCUGCAGAUUGGUAAGUGCUCUCUUGUUAUGACAGUGAGAUAUGUCAGUAUGCUUUAUGAAACAAUUGUAUCAUCAUUAAAAAUUACAAUUUUUAAUCAACAAUUUCAUCUUUUUUGUAACUUUAGAACCAAUACUGAAAAUACAUUGUCACCAGUGACAUUGUUGGAAUCACUUAAACUUAAUAAUUUUGCUACAUCACAUUGUAGACAGUAUACUUUAUGUAAGUCUUUGAAACAAUUGUCUUUGUAGAAUAGCGAACACUAAAAUAAGAUGUUCAGCCACAUGUCAGUUAACAUGUAUUUUUUAUAUGUAACAUCUAUUCAAUGUAAAAUCUAACUUUGUUAGAUAACUAGUUUUGUUUCUUUGGGUUUCUUUUUUUUUUUAAUAGACCUUUGCAGCUGUUGCAUAUGGGUGGGUUUUAUGCUCAUAUUUCUUCCAUUUUGAGUCUAAAAUAUUUGCUUUCAUGAUGUGCACGAGCCAUAAAAAGCAGAACUGGUGGUUUACGUUUUUACUCCUUUCUCCUCAUACACAACUGCCUUUGGUUUGCUAGUGAUCUGAGAUGUCUUUGUCCUGAAAAUGUGUUCCUGGAUGCAAACAUACACCAGCUACCACAAACAUUACAAAUGUACAACUCAUUAAGUGUUGAGUGAAGUAUAAAAUACAAUUCCGUUCAAAUUUGAAAUAGAUUUUAAUGGAAACAAGCUAUUGAUAUAAACCUAGAGUUUUUGUGUUUGUCUUUUCCUUUUUAUCCCUGCAUUUCUCUUCUUUCAGUCAGAUGUAAUUCCUGAUUUUUUUUUCAUUGGUCUGUAACAUCAUCUGUGUUUUAUUACUUACAGCUGCCCCUUUAUUAUUUUUCAGCCCAACAUGUGCUUUUCAUAGCACUUUUUUGCCAGAUUAUGUUUCUGUUUCCUGCCAUUUUUCCAACUUCCUUUUUUCAAGUUCCCCCCAUUUUUUGACUUUUUGACUUGGUGUUUUGUUUACUUUCCCUGUGUAUCUUUUAUUUCUUUAUUUUAUGCAAUUGUUAUCCCUUUUUUUGCCUGAACAGACAGGUGGUCCUUGACACUGUCAUAUAAUUCUGCUUUAUUUCACAAUCUAAACAUCAAAUUUAGUGGAACUGUGUUUUACAAGAUAAUCCUACAACCAUAUACAAAUCAGGUGACGGCUUGGGGAAAGGCUGCCGUGAGCCCUUACUAGCAUAUGAACUGUAUAAUUUAGUUUAUUUUGUUUUUACCUUAACCAUAAACAAAGUAUAAUGUCAGCAGUUCUUUACAUCUUUUAUUUUAAUUAUAUGAUAAAACAGGUUCUUUCUUUCUUUCUUUCCAGUUGAAGAAUACUCUCACACAUUAUCAAUAGAAGUUUAAUUUACCAAAAAAGUUGUUAUGUUAGGGAUAAGAAAUGUUUGGCAUAUUUGUGAACUUUUCUAAAUGAAAAAAAACCAAA